AUGACAAGUUUCACGAACAAGAAGAAGACACACAUUCUGGUGAUACCAUACCCUGCGCAAGGGCACAUGCUACCUCUCAUGGACCUCUCAAACCAAUUAGCCAUCCGAGGCGUAGCCAUAACCAUCCUUGCCACACCGAAAAACCUUCCCAUUCUGGACCCUCUCCUCUCCUCUCACCCUCACUCCAUCGAGACAUUGCUCCUCCCUUUCCCUCAACACCCUUCAGUCCCCGCCGGAGUUGAAAACAUGCAGGAGCUCCCCAUAUCUUUCUUGCUCCACAUACUAUCUGCUUUGGCCAAGCUCCACGAUCCUAUCCUAGCCUGGUUCCACUCCCACCCUUCUCCUCCCACAGCCAUAAUCUCUGACUCUUUUCUCAGCACGUGGACCUGCCCGUUGGCUCGCCGUCUCGGCAUCCGACGCCUCGGCUUUGCCCCGGUGCAUGCUAGUACUCUGAGUGCGUGGUGGGGCGAAAUUGAGAGCAACAAUGGUGAUCAAAAUAUUUUCAAGGGCCAUAAGGAUAUUUUAGAAAGUCAUGCUGCUACCAAGGCAAGCGAUGGGCUUAUUCUCAACACGCUUGAGGACUUAGACAGGGGCUCGUUGGACCACCUCAAGGCUACAUUCUUGGGUCAACAGCCCAUUUGGGCUGUUGGGCCUUUGCUUCCUAUGGUGGGACCUACCAAAAGAGGCGGGGACAGCUCAAUGCCCGAGGAAGUAGUGAUGGCGUGGCUGGACUCAUGCCACAUGGAUAAGUCUGUGGUCUACGUGGGUUUUGGUAGCCAGGUCACUUUGACAGGGAUCCAGAUGGAGGCGUUAGCUGACGCAUUGGAUAGGAGUAGGGUCCGAUUCAUUUGGGUCGUUAAAGAUCCAAUGAGAGGGGUCCAAGUGGCAAGCAAUCAGGGGGUGGUGCCUUUAGGGUUUGAAGAUCGUGUGGCUGGGAGAGGCCUUGUGAUAAGAGGAUGGGCCCCGCAAGUCGCAAUCUUGGGGCACCGUGCUGUGGGGUCGUAUUUGAGUCAUUGCGGGUGGAACUCGGCGCUGGAGGGUCUCCUGGCUGGGACGUUACUACUUGCAUGGCCCAUGCAAGCGGAUCACUUUGAAAAUGCAAAGUUGUUGGUUGAUAAACUUGGCGUGGCUAUUCGAGUUUGUGAGGGUUUAGACACUGUGCCCGACUCAGUAAACUUAGCUAAGGUUUUGGCUGAGUCAAUAAGUUCAACUCGGCAUGAAAGGGCACAAGCCAUGGAACUUCGUAAAGUAGCUUUAGAUGCCACUAAGCCGUGUGGGAGUUCCUAUGUGGCUUUGGAUGAGUUGGUGAAUGAUUUAGAUGAUAGAUAA